AAAUCCCCCAAGGACAAAACAGUAAAAAACCAUUCAUCAAACUCAACUAGCUUCAAGCGUUUUUAAAUUCCCAAUGUCUUCUCAGCUGCCAAUACCAUCAGAUAUAUUUGACCUUUGUUCUGUCCAUCCUCUGUUCUUCAUACAUUUCUUAAUUCUACUUGCCUCAUCAUCUGUUUGUUUCCGAUAAUGGGAUUAAAUAUUUCAGCAUUUUGGUGCAGAUGGAAUAACUUUUAAUAAGUUCACAAUCGAAGGUUCCCUUUUGUGGUUAGAGGACGCUCUGCUGCUAUGUGUUAUUGAGUUUCGAAUCAAGUCGUCUUCUCCACUCGUGAAGGGGGGACGGAGUCAUUUCGGGGAGUGGAUGCGGGGACUUGGGUUGCCGCACGGGGAACCAUUGCCACCCCUUCGGUGACAUCACUUCGGUGAAUAGUGAGGGACUUGAUCGGUGAGUAUUCACCGACUGUUUGAAGAGGAGAGAGGUAGGAGGGUGAGGGAAUUAAUGAUGGAUCCAAUCAACCAAUCUACCAUGACACCAAGAAAGAGCAAAUUAGCUCGAACAUUCGCCAAAGUUCUACACAUUCGAGCCGCAACCAACUUAGACAAACUUCAGAAAGCGAAAACAUUCGAAAAACCAAAUCAAGACAAACCGAACAUCAACGAAAACAUUCACUUCCAUCAAGACAUUGAGAAGCUUCAAUACAGAGCAGCCAUGGAUGCAUUGAUCGCCAAACUUUUCGCCACAAUAUCGUCCGUAAAAGCAACUUACGCAGGGUUGCAGUAUUCGCAAUCUCCUUACGACCCUGAAGGAAUCCAGUCAGCUGAUCAGAUAAUUAUAUCUGAACUAAAACGGUUAUCCGAGUUAAAACAAUCUUAUUUGAAGAAGAAUCUUGACUACCCGUUGUCCGAAACCACCUUACUGUUGGCCGAGCUUCAAGAACAAAAGAAUCUCGUGAAAACAUACGACAUUACGAAAAAGAAGCUCGUUGAUCAGCGCCGAUCAAAGGAGUCCGAGACCGCCUUGUUGAAACAGAAGCUGGAGGAAAUGGAGAGGGAAAACAAGUUGAUCGAACGAAGAUUGAAUUCUAGCGGUCCGUUGUCACGCCAGGAGAAUCUCCAGUUCUCGAAACUAACACCAACCGAUUUCGUAGCGUUCUUGAAGCACGCUACGAAAUCGGUCAGAACUUUCGUGAAGUUAAUGGUCACGGAAAUGGAAUUCGCCAAUUGGGAUAUUCCAUCCGCAGCCGCAUCCAUCCAUCCGGACGCGGUCUACUGGAACGAAACACAUAUAUGUUUCACUUUUGAGUCCUUCGUGUGUCGAGAGAUGUUUAACGGGUUCGCUCACCCGAGUUUUUCAACUUCGGGUGAGCGAAAAACCGUUAAACGACAACAGUUGUUUUUUGAUAGGUUCAUGGAGCUAAAGUACCUAAGACCAAGAGAAUACGUUACAUGGAAGCCCACGUCAUCAUUUGCUAGGUUUUGUUAUAACAAGUAUUUACAACUUGUUCAUCCCAAAAUGGAAAUGUCUCUUUUCGGGAAUUUGAACCAACGGAACCUAGUUUCCGUUGGCAAAUUUCCGGAAACGACAUUUUUCGAGGCGUUUGCCGAGGUUGCGAAGCGAGUUUGGCUGUUGCAUUGCCUCGCUUUCGCAACUGAUCAAACCGGAGCAUCGGUUUUUCAGGUGAAAAAGGGCGGUCGCUUCUCGGAGGUGUUUAUGGAGAGUGUGAAUGAAGAGGCGUUUUUGUCGCCGGAAAGUGACCGGACGGUGGAGUUCACGGUGGUACCCGGGUUCAAGUUGGGUAAGAGUGUGGUUCAGUGUCAAGUGUAUGUUAGUUGAUUGGACGGUGAUGGGUUAUUGGGCCCACUAUGGUAGUGGGCCUGGUGGCGGUGCAGGUGGGCCUGGUGGUGAUAAGGAAAGCGCGUAAAACAACUGGCAUGUUUGGGAUAUGAGUCGUAACGUCAUUAUUUUUGAAGUUUUAAACAGAAUCUUCUUCCCCAGUUUUGUUAAUAUAGGGGUAGGUGGUGGGGGUUGUGGUGUUA